AUGGCCACCAAAGCUAUGGGGAUCUCACACCCACCCCCAGGUGCUCUUAUACACCAGUUUUCUGAAGAUUCAAGGCCUGAACUUGAAGAUCUCUACCUAGAUCUCCUUCGAUUCAGGGUUCCAUGGUCGUCUCCGGCUUUACUCCGGCAUAUCGUGGACGUUCGAGCCCGAGCAAAUUCCAAGGAAUCUCACCUGAAGGCUGUCAAACAGAUACUAAGAUAUCUCAAGGGGACUCUUGACCUCUGCAUAUGGUAUCCCAGUGGAUAUAGCUUUGAUCUAGUUGGUUAUGUUGAUGUUGGUGCAGGUUUUUAUGUUGACAGGAAAAGCACUUCAGGAACAACUAAUUUCCUGUGUUCAUGUCUAGUGUCGUGGGGAACAAAGAAGCAAAACUCAGUGGCCUUAUCUAUAGCUGAUGCUAAAUAUGUGAAACAAGUAGCUACUAAGGAGUUGGUUCUUCGACUCAGCUGGAAAGAUGAGGAUAAUGAUAGGGGUAAAAAAGAAGAAGAAGCUGUGGACAAUCAUGAGGAGAAUAAUGCUGAAAACAAAGCUAAUGAAGAAGAAAAGAGUGAGCAUGAGGGAGAAUCAAGAGAUGAGAAGGAGAGUGAUAUGGAUGAUAAGAUAGGUGAACAAGUAAAUGAUUUUGCAGAAGGAGAUAAUCAUAGUGAAGAAGAGGACAAUUUUGAGAGUGUGGGUGAGGAUCAAGAAAAAAUAAGUAAGAGUGAAGGAGUGGAUGAAGAAAGUGAGGAAGAGAACGAGAAUAUGUCCCCUUCAGAAGAAACUGGUGAAGAAAAAGAGACUCAAGAACCUGGGCCUUUGUUAACUCCUUUCACUGGAGAUGAAGUGGUUAGUAGUGAUGAAGAUGACUUGUCAUUGUCUGAGGCAGGAAAGAAACCCAGAAAGACUCUUGUGAAAGCAACAAAGUCAAUAGUACUAACAAGUAAAAGAAAGGCUAUUGAUGAACAAAUUAUUAAGGAGUCAAGAAGUGUCAAGAAGCCAAGGAAGAAUGUUUCAAUUGUCAAACCUAUGGUUGAGCUGGAUGGAGAAGAUGAGUCCGAGUCUGAUUUGCCAACUAAGUCCUCCACAUAA